AGGAAUAAUGGACCAGUACAGGAAAGGAUCUGACUAGCUAUCCAGAUCAGUCCAGUAAUAUUUAGUAGAUUAAUAUCUCAGCGAAGUUAAAAUGUUCCGUUUUAUCUUCUCCGUGUUAUUGGCAUUAGUUGUAUGUCCAGGGUUUACUACCGCAGCCAGCGGCACCAGGAGCGAUACAGCUCUUAAGUUUGCUUAUGAUAGAAAUACUUACAUAUCUUACAGUCCCAACGUUAACUCACUGACAGAAAAGUUUUCUGUUUGUGUGUGGAUCCGCAAGUUCCAUUCUGGAAUUAACCCAUGCCCGUUUGCGUAUAAAGGUUCCGAGUUAUUCAUGACAGACAGUGGGCAAUACAACCGACUGUUCGGUUCCAGCUCCCUGGACGGUAGACUGACCAGCAAGUUCACCCCCACUGCCAAUACUUGGUAUUUGUACUGCUCAACCUGGAGCCUUACUUCUAGAACCUUCCGAGUGUACGUGAACGGGCAACAAGUAGGGACCCAGACAACACCUUCCGGGAGAAGGCUGCAGACAGGCGGAGCAUUAACCUUGGGGAGUUAUGGACCAGGCAGCAGCGGGCACCAAUUCGGAGGCAUGCUUUUUAACUUUAAUAUGUACUCUAAAGAACUGACGGCUACAGAAGUAGCUGCCCUGUCUUCAGCUGGAUUUUGUGCAGAGAUUCCUGAGCAGUUGGAGGAGUACCGGAUAAGAAAGUGGGGAGAUAUUCUCAAACUGAGCCGAACUGGUGCUGUGUUGGACGCAGACACUAGAUGUCCUGCAUUCGUUGAACUAGGGAAAAAGCUGGAAUUGGCCGUGGCAGAAAAGAGUUCUCUGGAACUAUCCUUAAACAAAACGAGGACAGAUCUACUCAAAGUUCAGGAGGAACUAGUUGGGGUACAAGAACGCUUCGACUCAACCCAGGAGGAACUAGUAGCAACAGAAGGGGAGUUGAAUGAAACGAGGAGUGACCUGCAAGAAACAAAUUUGGAACUGAGGAAUCUCACGGAGUCUAAAUGUGCGCUAAAGAAAGGGAAUUUGACAAAGUGGGAUAUGUUUUAUUCGCCCGAGUACUUUAAUAAAACCUUCACUCGCACUCUCUACCAACAACUCACUUCGACAUGGGAUUCCAUUAGCAAUCGACUGUUUGGGAUGACGAUUACCGACAAGGUAAUCGAGCUGAUAAAAGAUCUGGACGACGAUCAGAUCGACCACUGCGAAGAACUAUCAUAAAGCCUUGCUACUGAGACAAUGU